GACCCGAGGGAAGACUGAACAGCGUUGUCGCGGCUCGAAGAGGGGCGGGGCCUGGGGGGCGGGACCUCGGGUGGCCCGAGGUGGCUUGGCUGCUGGGUCCUCAGCGGCGCAGUCCCACUAGUCUCGGCCCGGGGAUGGCGUCCCCACGGGAACUGACCCAAAACCCACUGAAGAAGAUCUGGAUGCCGUACAGCAAUGGGAGACCUGCUCUGCACGCCUGCCAACGUGGUGUUUGCAUGACCAACUGCCCAACGCUCAUUGUCAUGGUGGGCCUGCCUGCCAGGGGCAAGACCUACAUUUCUAAGAAGCUGACCAGAUAUCUGAACUGGAUUGGUGUGCCUACUCGGGAAUUCAACGUUGGCCAGUAUCGUCGGGACAUGGUCAAGACAUACAAAUCUUUUGAGUUUUUUCUCCCGGACAAUGAAGAGGGCCUGAAAAUCAGGAAGCAGUGUGCCUUGGCAGCCCUCUGUGAUGUCCGAAGAUUCCUCAGUGAGGAGGGGGGUCAUGUGGCGGUUUUUGAUGCAACCAAUACCACCCGAGAGCGGAGAGCAACUAUAUUUAAUUUUGGGGAACAGAAUGGCUACAAGACAUUUUUUGUUGAGUCCAUCUGUGUAGAUCCUGAGGUCAUAGCUGCCAACAUCGUGCAAGUUAAACUGGGCAGUCCUGACUAUGUCAACCGUGACAGCGAUGAGGCCACAGAGGAUUUCAUGAGGCGCAUUGAGUGCUAUGAGAAUUCCUACGAGUCACUGGAUGAGGACCUAGACAGGGAUCUGUCCUAUAUCAAGAUCAUGGACGUGGGGCAGAGCUACGUGGUGAACCGUGUAGCUGACCACAUCCAGAGCCGAAUCGUAUAUUACCUCAUGAACAUCCAUGUGACUCCCCGUUCCAUCUACCUCUGCCGGCAUGGGGAGAGUGAGCUCAACCUCAAGGGCCGGAUCGGUGGGGACCCAGGACUAUCCCCCCGGGGCAGGGAGUUUGCAAAGAGUCUGGCCCAGUUCAUCAGUGACCAGAACAUCAAGGAUCUGAAGGUCUGGACGAGCCAGAUGAAGAGGACGAUCCAGACAGCUGAGGCACUGGGUGUACCUUAUGAGCAGUGGAAGGUUCUCAAUGAGAUUGAUGCGGGUGUCUGUGAGGAGAUGACAUAUGAGGAAAUUCAGUAUCAUUAUCCACUGGAAUUUGCCCUUCGGGACCAAGACAAGUACCGGUACCGGUACCCCAAGGGUGAGUCCUAUGAGGACCUGGUCCAGCGUCUAGAACCAGUCAUUAUGGAAUUGGAGAGGCAAGAGAAUGUGCUAGUCAUCUGCCACCAGGCUGUGAUGCGGUGUCUUCUGGCCUACUUCCUUGACAAAGCAGCAGAACAGCUUCCCUACCUCAAGUGUCCACUGCACACAGUUCUGAAGCUGACUCCUGUGGCUUAUGGUUGUAAAGUGGAAUCCAUAUUCCUAAAUGUGGCAGCUGUGAACACACACCGGGACAGGCCUCAGAAUGUAGACAUCUCUCGGCCUCCAGAGGAAGCCCUUGUCACAGUCCCGGCUCACCAGUGACCAUUUCUCAUCCACUGCAACCCCUGGGCAGGCAUUGAACUCUGCAGAAGAUCUGUGUAUGUGACAGUCACCAUGCAGAAAUACUCUCAAAGCAAUGUAUGGCUGGCAGCACCCAGAGUCCCUGCCCAGCUCACCUGCCUCCUUGUUGAUAGUCUGUAACAGGGUGGGCGUGGCUGCUAACCUGCUGCUAAGAAUCACUGGACUAGACUAUGCCACGUCGGUGGACUGAGGCUGCCCAGCAGCUGGUCUCUUUGUUGCAGCUUUCAGGUGGUUACUCUCCAAAGGCCAGAUGGCUUUGUGAAGUGUAUAUCCCUAAAUGUGAAGCAGAAAGUCUCAUUGAGAUGUUGUCACUGUGGCCCAAUUGUCUGGGGCUGACCAAGUGACACCCUGUAGGACCUUUACUACCUGCUCUGUGGCCUCUUGCUGAGCCAGUGGCCAGGUCUUCAUGGGUCCCUGAGCAUCUGCUGCCUCAGGUGAGCGGGAGGGCCUUCCCCAUCCUUCCCAUCCAGGAAUUGAAGAGAAGAAGACACUGACCAGGUCCUUGGGUCCAUAUCACUCAUAUUUGUGGACACUCCUGAAAGCAACACACUGUUUUAGCAUCUUGUGAUGCUGUAGAAACAUGUCGGACGAAGAGUAUUUGUGACCACCCCUUCCUAACUGUGCAUACACUGGAAUAUGGGCAAGCUGGUGGCCAAAGCCACCCCUUCCCACAGGUCAUAGUGCAACCAUGUAAAGACUGGGUAGUUGUACAAGUUACCUUUCUGGUGCAUACACCGAAGUGCUCAAGGGGAGGGCCGAGUCUCCCCUUCCCUGGCUAUGUCCACCGGUAGCCAGGGACGAGGUUGCCUCUUGCCUGUUGCAGCUUCUGUCCACACAGGAAUGUAUAUUGGUGGCAGAAACAUGCAUUUGCCAUAAAUCGUUCAGAAAAACUUGUGGUCCUAUAAAAUCUGUCCUGAUGUUUGUUGACCUCUACCUGUGAGAUUGAGGAAGGGAGAGGACAGAGGUAGCCCCUGGCCAAGAGAGAAUUUCUCCAAUUGCAUCACAACUUUGAUUCAUGUGCAUAUGAGCCUGGUGAAAAUAGCUUUACAAAGUCUGACAUCUGUCAUGGCCCUGAGUUGUUCUGGGUCCAGGCAGUGGUUUCUGCAUCCUUUUUAUAGCUGGCCAACAGCCCAGCCAGUCAGGUUGUGGGUCAGGACUGGAAAGUGUCUGGAAGGACUAGUUGUCAGAUGCCACACGUGGGCAUUGGUGAAGCCAUGCUCCUGGAUUCCCAAGCCCAUUUUGUAUCUGGAAUCUUUCCAUGCCUGUGCCUGGCUAGAGCAGCCUAUCUUUUCCAGCCCCCUUAACUUUGCAGCCUGUCAGUACCACCUGUCCCUGAGAGGAGCCACUUUCCCUGUCCCUGGCCAGUGGUCUCUCAUCCUUGUGUGCUGUAGCAUCUUUGAAUAAAUACAGGUAGAGAGAUUUCUGGGAUAGGAUCCUUCUGGAAUCAUUACCUAUUGGACCACCAAACCCCAACCUGAAGCCAGAGGUCCAAACCACUGCCUUUGAAACAUGGAGACUGAAGCCUUUGCUUCUGUGUCCCUUGAAGUUUUGGUGACUUUUGACACCUCCUGAAAACACUUAUUAGCUAUAGCAGAUCCCUUUGGCCAGUGGCUGUGCAUUUACAUUUCAAUGUCACCUGAGGCAAGACCACUGAAGCCUUGGUUCUCCCCAUAUAGAGAAGAGGCAGGAGCUGCUGGACAUGGAUGUAUUUCAAGGACUAGGGAUAGGGCAGAAGGAAGUCUGGGGUCAGGGCAUGUGCAAGGAUGAGCCCUCUCCCUCAACAUUGUCCUGGAGAAGCCUCUGCAUAGGCAGCCACAAGCCUGGUUGGCUGCCAGGUAGCUGGGAUGGUUGAUGUGUCCAAGUUGCAAAUGUUUUCCUGCUUUCCUGAGAAUGGAUGGUAUUGAAUCUCAGCUACAAAUCACACUGUGUCCAGCAUUCAUUGCAAUAAAUACCUUUUAAAACAUG